AAAAUGAUAUCACAAAAUGAGGAAACUCUCACUUCAAUCACUAACCAAACUACACCAAAUCCUAGUGUUAAUCCGAUAAAUUUUGGCAAUUUCGGCCCCUUGCUCUUGCAUCUUACCGAGAAAGAAUUGCAUAUAGUAUUAAAUCCGCCUUUACUCCUUUCUCUAACAAUUGAUGAGUUUUUCGCCCCUGCAAAAAGGCCUACAAAAAACCCAAAUCCUCCUCGGUAUUUAAAUAGUUACCUCCUCUGGAAAAGAAAUUAUGACGCAUCUCACACUUCUAAAAAUUUUACUCAACGUUCACGUGAAUCCAGUGUUAUGUGGAGUAGAUCUGAUGAUGAAAUCAAACUUUUUUUUAAAAUUUUAUCAAAACUUCAUAAAAGCUAUCAUGAACUAAUGUAUCCGGAGUAUAAGUAUAGCCCAAAGAGAAAUAAUUCUUCUAAAGUUAAUGCAAGAUUG